AUGCCCGAAUCAGAAGUGCCCCACCUUCAGGCGUACGACUCCCGUCGUCUGCAUCAAUUUGAGGAGCAGACAGAUAUAAUCAACCAUGCCGACGUCAGGCACAAUGUAGUAGUACCAGAAUAUGAAGAAAGAGAAGUCACAGUUAUUGACUGGGGAAAACUGGUUUUCAACGAUCCAUUGGGAAGAAUCAAACACUAUUUGAUCUCUCUUUUCCCUAUUGCACAAUGGAUUUUGCAUUAUAAUCCAAGAUGGGCUUACAGUGACAUAGUUGCCGGUGUAACUGUUGGAGUGGUGUUGGUUCCACAAUCGAUGUCAUACGCUCAACUUGCCGGAUUGGCACCUCAAUACGGAUUAUAUUCUUCUUUUGUUGGUGUUUUCAUCUAUUCUUUUUUCGCAACGUCGAAAGAUGUUUCCAUUGGUCCCGUGGCUGUGAUGUCUUUACAAGUUGGUAAGGUUAUUGCUCGUGUCCAAGAUAAAGAAGGCGACAAGUAUGCACCUGCUAUCAUUGCCACUUUCUUGUCGCUUAUUUGUGGUGGAAUCGCUGCUGGUAUCGGUGUUUUAAGAUUGGGUUUUAUUUUGGAAUUUAUUUCCAUUCCAGCUGUUAUGGGAUUCAUGUCGGGUUCUGCUUUCAGUAUCAUUGUUGGCCAGGUGCCAGGAUUAAUGGGAUUUAACAAGCUUGUCAACACCAGAGCUGCUUCCUACAAGGUGGUUAUUGACACAUUGAAAAACUUGAAACACACAAACAAAGAUGCCGCGUUUGGAUUGGUACCGUUGUUCUUGUUGUACUUGUGGAAAUAUCUCACGGAACUAGGCCAAAAAAGAUACCCACGUUACAAAGCUUGGUUCUUCUAUACCCAGCAAUUGAGAAAUGCCAUCAUCAUUAUUGUUGCAACUGCCAUUUCUUGGGGUAUUGUCCAUCCUAAAAAGGUGGCCUAUAACGGACCAGCUGAUAAAUUCAAACCUCCAAUUUCCACCAUUGGUACCGUCCCUUCAGGCUUGAGACAUGUGGGUGUCAUGACAGUCCCACACGGGAUCGUAUCUGCCAUGGCGUCUGAGAUUCCUGUUUCCACCAUUAUUUUAUUAUUGGAGCACAUUGCCAUCUCCAAAUCUUUCGGAAGAAUCAAUGACUACAAGGUCAUUCCCGACCAAGAAUUGAUCGCUAUUGGUGUCAAUAACUUGAUCGGUACCUUUUUCAACGCCUACCCAGCCACCGGGUCGUUUUCCAGAUCCGCUUUAAAAGCCAAGUGUGGUGUGAAAACUCCACUUGCUGGUAUUUUCACUGGUGCCGUUGUCUUGUUGGCCCUUUACUGUUUGACCCUGGCUUUCUACUAUAUUCCCAAGGCCACAUUAUGUGCUGUGAUUAUCCAUGCUGUGUCUGACUUGAUUGCAAGUUACAAGGUCACCUGGAACUUCUGGACCAUCAGUCCAUUGGAUGCUGGUAUUUUCUUGGUUGCUGUGUUCAUCACUGUAUUCUCAUCCAUCGAGAACGGAGUCUACUUUGCCAUUUGUGCUUCUGCUGCCGUGUUGCUUUUCCGUGUUGCUUUCCCCAAUGGAUACUUUUUGGGUAGAAUUUUGGUCGGAGAAGUGGUCAAUCCUCUCAUCGAAGAAAGCGAAGACAAGGCUUUGAAGACAACCAAGGAACACUAUGAUAACAACGACUCUUCUGCUUCGUCCAACUCUUCAAACGACAUUGAAAUCCACCAAAUCAUCAGCACUCACUCCAACUACGACAGCACCAAGACAGACAAAAAGAUACUAGCAAAGCCAGCCAACACCGCCGAGGCCAUCAAAAACAGCAAAAUCAAGUUCCACACAAGAUGGGUCCCAUUGAACAACAGAAAUGUCAACGACAAUUUGAAUGUAAGACCACCACCUCCGGGAGUCAUUGUUUUCAAGCCGGUAGAAUCAUUCACCUACCCCAAUUCCUCCCGACAAGUGGACCGUAUUUCCGAUGAAGUCAAGAGAUUAACCAGAAGAGGGAUUCCAUACGACAAUGGUGGAUGGGGUACAAGACCCUGGAACGAUCCAGGUCCAUUAAGAUGGAGAUUACCAUUCUGGCAAGACAAAUUUGGACUGAAGGAAGAAGACUAUGUUGAAGACAAAAGGCCAAUUUUGCGGAUUAUCCAUUUGGAUUUCUCCACCGUGGCCUCGAUCGAUGUCACUAGUAUCCAAGCACUUGUGGAUUUGCGUAAAGCAAUGAAUAAGUACGCCGACAGGGAAGUUGAGUUUCAUUUUUCGGGCAUUCUUUCGCCUUGGAUUAGACGUGGAUUGAUCAAUGCUGGGUUUGGAACCUAUGGAAAGGAUGGAAUUGUAAGUGAUACCACUUAUGUGAACAUUGCUGUCAAUGGAGAAAGACCAGACGACUUGGAGCAGGCGCUUGACCAGUCUGAUUAUUACGCUGCUGUGGGUACGAAUACUCCAUUUUUCCACUUGGAUAUUCCUGAUUAUCGCUAG